AUGGGUGUGAACGGCCUCUGGACGGUCAUACAGCCCUGCGCGCGUCCGACUAACCUCGCGACCCUGAACCGCAAGCGUCUCGCCGUCGAUGCCUCGAUCUGGAUCUACCAGUUCCUUAAGGCGGUGCGCGACAAGGAGGGCAAUGCGCUCCGAAACUCGCACGUCGUGGGUUUCUUCCGCCGGAUAUGCAAGCUCCUAUGGUUCGGCAUCCGGCCCGUCUUCGUCUUCGACGGCGGCGCCCCCGCCCUCAAGCGCCAGACAAUCACGAGCCGGAAGCGCAGAAGGGAGGGGCGUAGAGAGGAUGCGGUGCGCACUGCCGGCAAGCUGCUCGCUGUGCAGAUGCAGCGCAUCGCCGAAGAAGAGAGCGAAAAGCGGCGGCGGCAGAAGGAACUGGCGAGACCUGCCGUAGAGGAGCCGGUGGAAGAAAUUCCCAACGCCGAAAACCUCGUCUACGUCGACGAGCUCGGGAUGGACCAGCAGGAACGUCAGAAGAACAGAAAGUUCUUCAAGCAAGAUGCAUAUCACCUACCCGACAUGCACACGAGUAUAGAAGGCAUGGGAAAGCCUGAUGAUCCUCGGAUCAUGAGCAUACACGAACUUGAGGAGUAUGCGAGACAAUUCAACAGGGGCGAAGACAUUAACCUCUACGAUUUCAGCAAGAUCGACUUCGACGGCGAGUUCUUCAAGAGCCUGCCGCCGGCAGAUCGUUACAAUAUUCUCAACGCUGCGAGGGUUCGCAGUCGACUCAGGAUGGGCCUGAGUAAAGAGCAACUAGAGGACAUGUUUCCCAAUCGAAUGGACUUUUCCAGGUUUCAGAUCGAGAGGGUCCAGGAGCGAAACCGGUUGACGCAACGGCUCAUGAAGGAAGCUGGCAUGACAGGACUUGACCUCACUAUCAACGGCGGUGCACGUAUCGCCGGAGAGAAAGACCGAGAAUACAUCCUAGUGAAAAACGACGGUGUUGAGGGCGGAUGGGCGCUGGGAGUGGUCAGCAAAGAGAAAGAUGUGGGCGAGAUGCACAAGCCGAUCGACGUCGAUGCUCUGGAUUUUCAGUACCAGGCUAAGGAGGAGGAAUGGGAGGACGAGGAAGAGGAAUUCGAAGAUGUUCCCAUUGAAGGGAUCAACCGACUCCCGAAGAUACCAUCACAUGUCCAGCAGGCCGUUGAACGACAGCGACAGGUGUAUGAUUCGAGGGUGGAGGACAUCCAGGACGACGCGACUCUUGCCGAUGAGGACGAUGACUCCCUGUUUGUGCAAGGUCCAUCAGCGUCGAUCGAUAGUCUAUUCAACCCCGAAGAUCGUGAUGGCGUGAACGAAGAUGAAGAAGAAGACCUUAACCGCGCGAUCGCCAUGUCAUUGAAAACCCAGCAUAGUAGCAAGCCUUCAAGGGGAGACGAUGUCGAAGAAGAAGAGGACUUCGAGGACGUACCCAUGCCGGAGUGGAAGCAGACAGCUGUGGAGCAAGCCAAGCCGGUGACACGAGCAAGCGGCAGCAUGAUUGCACAUAUCGUGAAUAAUAGGGCAAACGCUGCAGUCCAGAAACGGAAACGGAGUGAAGACGGAAGUGACGAUGAGAUGGAUCUCAGGGCAGCCCUUUCGAAAGCAAAAAAGAAGAAAAAGGCCGCACCAGUCAGGACUAUGGCAGCCCCCACGGUUCCAAACAUGCCAAACGCCUUCGGCGGUCCAUUGCCAUUCGAGAAGCUUGAUUGGAAGUCAAGCAUAUUCUCUAAAAAGACAGACCAGCCGAAACAGACGGCGGCACCAAAGUCUGGAAGAAAAGAACCAGAGGAUGAAAUGGCUGGAGGAUUCGAGCUAGAAGAUGACAUGGCAGGUGGUUUCGAAAGGGAAGAGGAUCAAGAAGCAAUGGUAGAUGACGAGGCACCACGUCCUUUGCCCCCAUGGAUGCAGCAAGAAGCAACCGACAUUCGAGAAUCCAUGAGGGCACAGCGAGACCGCGAGAAAGAGAUCAACGAGGAAGACCGCGAAGCAGCGAUGGAGGAAGAGAAGCGGCGCGAAAAGGAGGCUUUCAUCGAGAUUGAAUCGUCUGACGACGACAACAGCGAUGUCGAGAUCUUGGAUGCUCCACCGCCAAAGCUGCAAAAGCCGUCAAGACUCUCGCCAGCGACUCAAACAAGAGUCAGCCCUCCGCAGCCGGACUCACAGGCAUUGCAGGAUGGUGAAAUGCCUGUCAACGAGCAUGAUGGAGAGGUGCCUGAAAAGCCCAUCGAAGUGCAACGAAGUGUCGACACUGCGCAGUCUCCAUCUCGUUCCGAGUUAUCUUCUCCGGAACCAGACUUCGAGGAGGUUGAAGUCUUAGGGCCACGGGAUGGAACACCAAUAAUUGGCCAGUCAGGAUCUCCUGAGCCGGAAUUCGAAGAGGUCGAGGCCUCGGAGCCCCAAGCCGAAGGUGCGACUGCUCCCCGGGCCCCAUCGCCCGAAACUACGUUUGAAGAUGUUUCGGCAUCAAAUGGUGAGCCCGAGAUCUCUACAACCGUUGCUGUUGAUGAGAAUGGUGAUGUUAUCAUCAACGGCGACGAAGCACUCGAAGAAGAAGAGUACAGCGACCCAGAGGACGAAGAACUUCUAGCACAAAUGGCUGAAGAAGCAGAAGAGCAUGCCCGAUUCGCUAGUCAAUUGAAUAACAGAUCAGAGAAAGAGAAUCAAGAGGCAUAUGAGCGAGAACUCAAGGCGCUACGAACUCAGCAGAAGAAAGACCGAAGGGAUGCAGAUGAGGUGACACAAAUCAUGAUUACCGAGUGCCAGGCCCUGUUGCGACUCUUUGGAAUUCCGUACAUCACAGCUCCAAUGGAAGCUGAAGCUCAGUGUGCAGAACUUGUACGGCUCGGCCUUGUGGAUGGAAUCGUGACUGAUGAUUCGGAUACCUUCCUCUUCGGAGGAACUCGGGUAUACAAGAACAUGUUCAACAGCAACAAGUUUGUGGAAUGCUAUCUCGGUUCUGAUCUCGAGAAGGAGCUCUCAUUGUCUCGUGAACAGCUGAUCUCCCUGGCUCAACUCCUCGGAUCCGACUACACUGAAGGUCUCCCGGGGGUCGGCCCAGUCACUGCGGUUGAGAUUCUAUCCGAGUUCCCUGGCAAGGAAGGUCUCGAAGCGUUUCGCGACUGGUGGAAGGAUGUUCAAAUUAAUAACCGUCCCGAGGAGAUGGACGGUGGUUCCACGUUCCGGAAGAAGUUUCGAAAAUCGCAAGCCACUAAACUAUUCCUACCUUUGGGUUUCCCGAACCCGGCCGUCUUCGAUGCGUAUAUCAAGCCGGAGGUCGAUCAAGACCAGGAACAUUUCCAGUGGGGAGUUCCAGACGUCGACGGUCUGCGGCGUUUUCUCAUGGCCACUAUCGGCUGGAGCCAAGAGCGUACUGACGAGGUUCUUGUGCCCGUCAUCCGAGACAUGAAUCAGCGGGAUGCGGUGGGCACGCAGAGUAACAUUACUCGCUACUUCGAGGGCAGCGUUGGCGUUGGUGCCAAGGAGGCCUUCGCUCCCAGGCACAGGGUGCAGAGUAGCAAGCGCAUGGUCGAUGCAGUGAACAAGCUGCGUGCAAAGGCCACCGUCGAUGAUUUGAGCGAGGAAGCCCCAUUGGAGGCAGGUGAGGGUACUGCAGCGCGUGGGAGGAGGCAGAGAACUAAACAGUCAAAUGUCGUACAAGAUGGUGAUGACGAUUUCGUAGAUGAUGACAACGGCGAUGAUGGUCCUCAGGAGGUUGGUAGACGGAAGAAGAGAGGCAAGGCAAGUAAGACUUAG